ACGAGCAGCGGCAGGCACUUCGCUGGCUCUGGGUUCCCUCGGGGAAGUUUUAUAUUGUUUAUAUCCAUUUUUGUAAACAUUUAAUAUUGUGUUUCCUAGAAACUUUUAAUACUUUGAUACACUGGUUUUGACAUUUUCUAACAACGAAACCUGGCAAGAAUUGGCUAUAGCUUGCUAGCUUGGAAACACUGGAUUUUUCCGUCUCUUCUUUUGACAAAGGCUGCUGAUGAGCCAGCGAAGAUACUGAACAAGAUAAUAAUACGGCGUUUUUAAAGCACCAUUUGGUGUAGUAAUAACUGAUGCACUGUCUUCCCUGUAUUUAAAAGCGACCGGUCGUUGCUGCUGUUUGCGAAGCUAACGUUAAACGCUGAAGGGAACAUAGCUAACGUUAACGGCAGCCAGCCUCAGGAGAGAAUGACGGCUGUUCAGCUGAUAAAUAUCCAACGGUUACUGGAAGCUGCGGAAUAUCUAGAGAGGAGAGAAAGAGAGUGUGAACACGGAUAUGCUUCGACAUUUCCGUCAAAUCAGAACACAAACUACCAGAGGCAAAGAAAAUUCCGAAAUAAGAAGUUCAGCAGUAACCACAAUAGGUCCACACAUAAUGAGCUGGAGAAGAACAGACGAGCUCACCUGCGGCUGUGUCUGGAGCGGUUGAAGGCCCUCAUACCUUUGGGACCUGACUGCAAUCGCCACACCACCCUGGGCCUGCUCAACAAAGCCAAAGCACACAUAAAGAAACUUGAAGAGGUGGACAGGAAGAGCCAGUACCAGCUGGAGUCUCUGGAGCGUGAGCAGAGGCACCUCCAGCGCCAGCUGGAGCUGCUGAGGGGAGGCAGCGGUGCUGCAACCCAGAGCAGCCCAGGAGAGGGGGAGAGGAUACGCAUGGACAGUGUGGGCUCCACCCUCUGCUCCGACCGCUCCGACUCUGACCAAGAGGAGAUCGAGGUGGACGUGGAAAGCACGGAGUUCUCCCAUGGAGAGCUGGACAGUGUGAGCACGGCCAGCACCAGCGACCUGGACGACCACAGCAGCCUGCAGAGCAUGGCCAGCGACGAGGGCUACUCCUCCUGCAGUGUCAAACUUGCCUUCUCCUCCUAGAGCCCCACAUCUCCACCACCACCAACACCACCACCUCCCCGCCAAACCGACCUGCGCUCCCAUCUGUUUAUCCAUCCAGCCAUGCCUACAUACAUACACCCAGUCACCUUAGACGACGGCCAGGCCCCCAGCUAAUGGCGUUCCCGUCGCUCUGAGAAGCGCUGCCCUCCUACUCCUAGCCUUUUUAGUUGCUUUUAGUCCCCCCCACCCCC